GUGCAGUCAGUCUGCUGCUAACAGCUACCAGCCAGCCAACCCUCUGGAGUUAGCCACGGAGCUAGCCAUGAGCUAACAAGUAGCUAGCUGAGUCUUUUGCAUUUUGCCUCCAUAAUUCAGCCUUCACCAAACGCCGUGCCAAGGUGAACACUGUUAAAUCUACCGCACACAGAGCCAUGGCAGCUGCUAAGCCAAAGGGGCAGAAUUCACUAGCCCUUCAUAAAGUGAUUAUGGUGGGCAGUGGAGGAGUGGGGAAAUCGGCCCUCACUCUCCAGUUCAUGUAUGAUGAGUUUGUGGAAGACUAUGAGCCAACCAAAGCAGACAGUUACAGGAAGAAAGUGGUGCUGGACGGAGAGGAGGUACAGAUUGACAUCCUUGACACAGCUGGACAAGAGGACUAUGCAGCCAUUCGGGAUAACUACUUCCGCAGCGGCGAGGGUUUCCUCUGUGUAUUCUCCAUCACAGAACUGGAAUCGUUUGCUGCAACAGUAGACUUCAGAGAGCAGAUUCUGCGAGUGAAGGAGGAUGAGAACGUGCCCUUUCUCUUGGUUGGUAACAAGUCCGACUUGGACGACCGACGGCAGGUUAGCGCAGACGAGGCGAAGGCUCGCGCCGAGCAGUGGGGCGUGUGCUAUGUGGAGACUUCUGCCAAAACCCGUGCCAAUGUUGACAAGGUGUUCUUUGACCUGAUGAGAGAGAUCCGGGCAAGGAAAAUGGAGGACAGCAAAGAGAAGAACGGGAAGAAGAAAACAACAGCUCAACAUUUACAUUAAAGGAGUCCAGCGACCAGUAGAAUGCCCAACAAUGGAGUCUAUGCAAAAGUAAUUGGUGUAUUUGCAAAGAGGACGAGAAACUUUGGAAACGGUUCAAAACAUUGUCACUGUGCUCAAACUACUUUUAAUAAGACUUGGUGAAGUAGAAGCACUUGAACUUGAAUGCGGUUAAGAGAUCUGACCACAGCUUAGAAAAUCCAACAAUCAUCCAAAAGUUGUCAAGCGUGAAGAAGAAUGUCUCAUUGAUUUCCUGAGCUAAUAGAUAAACACGUUAGAAUCCAUGUCUUUUGAUUACAGGCUUUGUUUGUCGUGUAUUUUGUGUGUUGAUUGUACAGAAAGAUAGUAAUGCUUAAGAAUGUCUGUGGGAUUAAAUGUUUACUGAAAAGCACACAGUAGAGAGAGUUUGAGUUUUAAAAAAUGGAGGGUGAGACUGGAUAUAUGACCCGAUUUUAAGGCAAAAUAUUAGGAACCCAUGGCAUCAGAAUGUUUGGAAAGUAGUCUGGUUUAAUAUAUUCUAAGGGCUAACCUCCAGCGCACCGUGAUUGAAACGCCCCUGAAAAUUAAAGUGACAGGCACAAAAACGGACAUGCAGCGCAAGAAUCACAGUCUUGUUAUGGCACACCUUCCUUAGCUUACGGCCACUGCAUUAAUCAAGUGCUCUGUGUUUUACAUUGUUGAGGAUGGCAGAAGCUACUAUACUUACAUUGACCACUGUAGUGCUUGCUUACUCAAACAUUGGCUUAACACAGUCUCAUUCAUGUUUCAGUGCUUUUCCAGGAGCAAACAUAAUUCAUAAUCAUUCUCUCUCUUUGUCCUCAUGAAUAGUUUAAUAGACUCGAUGGUCCAAAUAUUUUCAGCUGGAUACUAAAACAGAUGUUUGUGUGAAAGCUAUGAGCAAAUUGUCCUACUGGGUAUUCAAAUAACUUGUUUUGCCUUUUAUAUAAAUACCCUUGGAAUAAAAAAAAAAAUAAAAUAGAUAUCCAUGUCUUUGAUUGGAUGGUUGUAUGUAUGCCAUCAGUUAAAUGUUACCUUCAUGUUUACUUAUUUUAAACAUAACCACUAAUGUAGCCUAUCUGUUUGUGAAUGCAAGAGGUGAAGCUUACAUUUCAAUUCAUUUUUUUGUGAGGUAUUUGGAAAUGGCAAAUAAA